UCUGUUUUAACAAAAUCUUGGUUUGGAAGGGACGCGGCAUGGAGGAGCCAGGAACGCGGUGCGAACUGCUGUCCUCGGGUCCGAGUGGCAGUCUGCGCGCUAGCAUCAAGCGCUACGGUGAGAUCGCGUAUAUUGGGGCGAUCGAGGGCCUACCGGGUGACGGCUGGCUUGGAGUGCGGCUAGACAAACCGUUGGGCAAAGGCGAUGGCACAUUCCAGGGAAGGCGAUACUUUGAUUGCAAACCGCUACACGGUGCCAUUGUUCGGCCAGAGAGGGUCAAUACCAUCGGCGAAUUUCCUAUACUCACAACACACGAGGAGAGUCUGGCACACGCAUUGGAGGAGCGACGCAAGGAGAAGCAAGGGGCGAGGAGUGCAGCGACUGUUAAUAAUACACACGAUGCCUCGAAGCUGAAUCGGGAGCUAACGACGGAUGAGUUGGCGACGGCGUUCUGGGAAAAGUUUACGCAACAAGAGGAGCAUAUUCGCAAGCAGGUGGGUUUAUUCUGUGAACAGAAGAAGCAGCCACUGCCUUGUGACCCUGCCAAUGAGGUCAAGCUGGAUGCACUGGUGCUAGAGGUGAACUCUAUGAGAGACGCUGCUGCAACAGCAUCGUCACUGUACUUGUCGCCGUACGACACUCGCCACACGCAGUUGAUCCUGUCUAAAUUACUGAAGCUGAUUGAGACUACUCGAACGAUGUUCGCUCCUAGGAAGAAGUUCACAUUUCGAGCACGUGCAGCGAACAGAGCUAAAGCCAAAGAAGCGGAGAAACAGGAUCAGCCAGAAUCACCAGCUUUGACUGGCAACCAGCAGGCCUCGUCGACUUCACAGAGAGCGAUAGAGUUUGACGAGUUGGUGCAUGCUAACAAGCAGAACGAGGUCAUUAUCAUCGAUAGCAGCAGCUUCACCGACGCAGACUACAGCAAGCGUCGCGAUCUGAACUUCUCGCAUUUAACUGACUGCGUUGUACUGGUUUGCGUGGAGACAUCGGCCAUCCGUGGCGAUGCACUGAAGAACUGUGUGUUCUAUACAGGAGCGAUCUUCGGCAGUUUGUGGCUUGAGAACUGCAACGGUUGUGAAUUUUUCGUCGCGUGUCGUCAGCUGCGCGUUCACUUGAGCACUGCUACGACCUUCCACCUUCGUAUUCCGAGCCAUCCGAUCAUUGAAGACUGCCAGCAGAUGCAGUUUGGGCCGUACCGCAUACAGUUUGACGGUCUCGAGGCACAGCUAGAACGUCUGGGCUUGUCGAAGGACUCGGGUCUCUGGGCGAAGGUGAACGAUUUCAAGUGGCAUAAAGCGCAGCAGUCUCCGAACUGGAACAUCCGCGACCCGAAGCAGCCACUACCAAAAAUCCCAGUAAAGUUGGAGAACCUGGUCUCGUAUGACUAAUCUAGCUGCACUAGUAGCACUAGGAUACCUGUGGCGUAUUUAAUGAGAGAGUUUGCUUAUUCUGGCAUUCUGGAAUGAAGAGAGAUUGCUGACAAAAGCUCUUGAAAGUAUAUAAACACAUGCAGCUGGAUACCUGCUAUCCAUCUAUGCCUAGCGUCACCUCAGUCU